UUCAUAAUCCCAGCGCCUUCAUUCGUUACAGAGGACUUAUACAGUAAAUGAGAUCGUUUCUCUCCAUUUGCGUGUUAUCAACUGAAAUAAACUUGACCACAGUACCAUGACAGCCGCCUCUUACAGCCAGCGAGGGAUCAGCAGGAUAAGGGAGAAAAUCACCGAGUUGCCCUUAUACCACUCCGGAGUCCUGUCUAAGAAGUACCCCGCAGAGAAGGUUUUUAAGAAGUAUUACGCAGAGCUGAGAGGAUGUACGAUUUUCCUGUACACGGAUGAGAAAAAAGACAUGUACACCGAACGGCUGGAGCUGCGAGACCUGAAGGCUGUGCAGAAGGUUGCGUCCGAGUUCGGCUGGUCUGUCUACUCCCUAAUCCUGCCCAAAGAGGAGGUUCAUCUGAAGGCCAGUGGUCCAGAUGCUGAAGAGUGGAGAGGCUACAUAUUGGCAGUGACCAAGAUGGAGAUACCAAAAAAUAUGAGUCUGCUCCCGGGUCAAAUGAUGAGACUGGAAGAGGUCACCAAGGAGGAGUGUAAAAGGACCAGCCUUUCUCUCAAGGAGGACUCUCUCGGAGCUCCAUGCAGCACCAACAGCAACAUCACAGCUGAUCUUCCCUCAUGUUUCUAUAACGUCACCCGUCAAGAAGCAGUGCAGAUGCUGGAGGCCGACCCAGAGUGGGGCAACAUCAUCUUGCGACCAUCCGCUGACAGCGACGGUUACGCCGUUACCACGAGAAGGAUAGUCUCCGGAGAUGCAGUAAUAAGACAUUACAAGAUUCAGCCAAGUAACUCUGGGUUUGUCAUCCAGCUGGAGGCCAGUGUGACGAUACCCAGCCUCAAUGGAGUUGUGCUUCACUUCGUUAAACAGACCGGACUCCAGCCCUUUGUCAAGUCACAACACUACGAUACCCGCAUAGAGGUUUGCGGGACGAAGCCCGACGUCGCAGCUGGAUCGGCGCCACUGCAGAAGCCGGCAGUUCCUCCCAGGACAGUGUCUUGGGAGAACACUCCGCCAACGCAGCCUGGGCCAUAGCCGCGUAUUAACCUGCAUGGAGUCCCAGAUCCCGAAGCCAACACGUGGAAAAAGGAGUAAAAUAAGGAGAAACGG